AACGGUUUGGGUUGUGUACUCAUGCAGAAUGAUAGAGUAAAAGCAUAUGCUUCAAGGCAACUGAAGGAGUAUGAGAAGAACUAUUCUACACAUGAUUUGGAGCUUGCAGCAGCUGUCUUUGCGCUUAAAACCUGGAGACAUUAUUUGUAUGGAGAAAGGUGUGAGAUUUUCACCGAGAUG